GCCUAAGUAUUGAAUCCCGUCCAAGGUCCUUGCUUGAACAGGAUUCUAUGAAUUUGGACGGGGGCAGUGUUUUUACUCUACCUGGGUUUAAAGUUCUGACAGUGAUCCCGUUUGUCGGUGUUCGUCCCAUCUCCCGAUCCAACCUUCUCUUCUUCCUCGCUUUGGACUUUUCCUACUACAGUAGUUCAUGUCCUACCUCCCGUCAUUACCAUCAUUACGACGACUCGUUUUGCGACAACUUUAAUUGCCGUUGCGGAUGGUACCCUCAAAUAGUCGCAUGUACUCACCUAUGCAAUCCAACAUAUAACGACCUUUGCUUGCACAUACAUACCUCUACAGACCAGCUGCAACUAUGAACUGCGUGCGCAUGCGGCUACAAUGCCGCUUAAUGCCAUCUUCCAAUACUCUGGCCCGCUGGUGCCUUGAAUCACCCCAGAAGAAUCUCACCCUUCACCGUCCUAGGAUAUCCAAUGUCGCACUGAGACAAGCCUCUACCUCGGUGUCGCCCAAGACCAGGGAAACAGAAGCCGAAGCAAAAGCCAAGAAACUGGAUCAGAAACGGCUUGAUGAACACGAAGAGGAGGUCAGGGCGCGCGAGCAACAAGUAAGACGCCCAUGGCAUCGCGAAGGUGCCGAUAAGCCUCCGGUCGAAGGCAAUGCCGACCCCAUAGCAAAAGGCAAGCUGCUGACAACGCCCACUCGUCUCCUCAAACUCAUACUUCCUCUACCCCUUCGUGUCGAAAAGGACCAAAAGAACAAUGGCCGUAACAAUGAGUACGGCCGCUCGAUAUCACUCAACAGCGACAUCCAGCCACUCGCUCUGCUUAUACACCCACAACAGCCACUUUCCUACGUCGAACGCCUGAUCCAAGCCGAGCUGCCGCCUGUGGUCGAAAAUGGCCAGGAGAAAAUCCCCAACGUUUACUUCCGAGCCGAAGAUUCCGAGCAAGGCGACCAGAAACCCACGAGCCGCGCCGAAGCGAGAUCCAAGGACGAUGGCGGGGAGCCUAGCGAGUACAAUACCAACCUGUCACACGUGGCCUCCUAUUCCGGACUUGGCCACCGAGGCCCCAAGCGGAGUUCCCAAGAUAAGAGAUGGGUGCGGUGGAGCAGCAGUACCGAAAUGGGCGACUUUAUUCGGGACGCAGCGCGCGGCCGAGAGUUUGCCAUCGAAAUCGAAGGGUAUAACAUUGAGAUGCGCGUGAGUGUUCCCUCGUUCGGGGACCGGACAUACUACAUGCGCCAGCGUCUGCGCAAAAUGAGCUCCGAGAUCGAUGGGUUGGCCAAGAUCAAGCACGAGUGCGAUCUUUUGGCACACCGGAGCGCACAUCGCCUAGCCAAGGGCGGGUUUGGCCUGCUUGCUGGGUGGUGGGGAGUGGUGUACUAUGUGACGUUCCAUACCGAGUUUGGCUGGGACCUGGUCGAGCCGGUGACGUACCUGGCGGGACUGACGACUAUCAUGGGUGGUUAUCUGUGGUUCCUCUAUAUCAAUAAGGACCUCAGUUACAAGGCUGCCAUGAAUGUCACGGUUUCGAGAAGGCAGCAUGCCCUGUACGAGAUGAAGGGCUUCGACAUUGAGCGGUGGGAGCAGUUGGUGCAGGACGCAAACGCGCUGAGGAGGGAGAUCCGAGUGAUUGCGGUUGAAUACGACGUUGACUGGGACGAGACGCGCGACGUGGGUGAAGACGUAAAGGAUGUCCUCGAUGAAGAGAGGUCAAGGAGAGACGACGAGCACCGAUCGAUCGAGAAGGAGAAGGACGAGAAAUUCACCGAGGAUGAAAAGAGAAAACGCAAGAAGGACAAGGAGUCCAAGGAGACGUCGGGAGAUUCAUGAAACCCGGUGUAUACCUGAAAACGAGCAGAUAAACACCCGAUCGGAUUGGACGGGAUGUUGAUUUUACAAAGUAGUUGCCCAAAGUAAUCUAAUACGAUAUGAUGGCUGAAUGCCGGGCGCAACGAUCCUCAAAUAAGGCGGA